AUGUAUUUAAACAGAGUUCACAGAACGUUUCCUAAAUUAAAAAAGCUAGUAACAAGACGACAAUCUCAAGCUGUGCUAUCUGAACAGAAUGAGUACACUGAUACACCGGAAUAUCCACCUAUUUUGGACAUGUCUUUACAAGGCAAAAAAUUUAGAGAAAGACAAGAACUUCAUCAAAAAAUUCAAGCAAUAAAUACUGUGGAGGAGAAACAGAUUGCUCUGAAUAUGCCUCGUUAUUAUGGGUGGAAGUGUAUUAUAUUUAAUGAAGACAAAGUGCCCUACAAUGCUAUGCCCCUAGUUCAAUAUUACACAAGAAGUCACUUCAUUCCUGUUGAUAAGCUCCCGGAAUAUUAUAAGAAAACAAGUGAGGCAGCUGACGCCGUUGUUAAAGAGAUUAAGGGGCUCAUUGAAGAAGCUAUUCUGAUUGAGAACGGAGGUGUUGACCGAAAAAUCAUUACCAGUACACAAAAGAAAGAACAACCGCAGUUAGAGGAUGCUGUAGCUAAAUGUAUAGUGAAGCAAAUAAACAGAAUCAUCUCUAACAAUUUAGCUGACAAAGUGGAACAUGUUUUAUCAUCACAAGUUGAUUAUGAUCCUCGCCAUGAAGCGUUUUGGUUUAUUGGUGGUGUAGAUACACCCAUCAAUGUUGUGAGGUGGAGGCAGCAAUAUAAAUAUCUUAAGGAUCGCUGGUACGAGUCUAUCGACAGGCCUAUUCAAUACUUAGGAACUCCGUUACUGACAGUAAGAAACCGUUUACCUUUAAAGCCUAUUCUGCCUUUUCAAGAAGCUGAGAAUCCAGAAUUCAAAGUACCUAAGUUCACAGCUGAACCUCGUGCUGUUGGAUAUAGUACGGAACACAGACAUGGCACUAAUAUACCAGGUUUCUGGCCUGGUGAUUUUGAUGAAUUUGGCCUGGUGUCUUAUCACGGCCGUGGUCACAUUCUAGGCAGAAGAGAAUCGUUUGGGCCUGAAGACCAUAUUGAAGCUUUGCAUUGUCAGGCAAUGAAAGCCAGCUUUGGUUGGCUACUAGCCCAGGCCAAUUACCAAGGAUUCACUACUUUUAAUGAUGUAACUUAUCCUUUAGUUACUCAAACUGUUAUCACUAAUGGUCAGCUGUGGUCUCUUUAUGCAUACCAAUUAAAUACUAUUGAGAUGCAUCGAGACAAGGUUGAUAGCCCCAAAAGCAACAUUUGCUUUGGAACAAAACCUCUGAAAUUGUAUGACAGCAUAGAGAAUGGAAAAGUACAGGGGCUUAAUGAGGAUGUGUUGAAGAUGAUUGUCCAGUUUUACUUGAAUGCUCCUGAAGAACGAGACCAUGAAAUGAAACCAUAUUUAGGUGAAGAAGAACAAGUCGUAGCUGAUAUUGAAGAUGAUAAUAAGCGCUGUUGGCUUGAAAACAGAUACAAACACUUAGUAUCUAAUAGACCCAAACAUUACUUAUUGCCUGAAGUUUACUUAUGGGAGCGUAUAUACAAGAUUCAAUUCAACUCAAGAUUCUUUGAAGCUAAGAGGAGACCAUUUGAACUGGGAAUUAAUCCUUACACCAGAAGAUUGGAUCAACAUCUACCUCCUUAUAUUCCUAAAGUUUUGAGGCCAUAUCCCAAGAGCAGAAAGAAGUUCGAAACAACUUACUAUCCUAAGGUUUAA